AUGCUAAAAGAGGCCUGUAACAACACACUUCCUGCACCAGAGUGCCUUCUAUCCACCUGCACUGUUCCCUGGGCCUCCUCCAAGUCAAUUGUCGAGGCAACUCGAGAGAUUCACUUUAUCUCUAUCACCGUCUUUGGGACCCCCAUCACAUGCAUUGGACUUAUUACCAGUCUACUAUGCACCAUUCUCUUCAUCUGCUAUCCCAUUGCCCAGCAGACUACGCGUCUACUGCUCAUCGUGAAUUCAAUAGUCGACACCAUCUAUUUAGCAACGCUGUCAAUUUCACGUCUGGUUGCAGUUAUUGUCCCUCUAGGCGUGUAUGAGAACAUUUACCUCCUCAUUUUUGACGGACUUAGCAAUCUCUUUGCUCUUUUCCGCAAUUGGACCAUUGUACUCAUCGCUUUCGAGCGUUUCGUGCUCAUCUGUCACCCAUUGGCGUUUAAGAGCAAAGCUGGUGAUAAGUGGGCCAUUCAAGCCUUAAUCGGUACAAUCAUAAGCACUGUGAUCGUUCGCAUCCCCACACUGUUGAUCAUAAUUUUUGAAGAUCUAAGGUAUUGCAAUGCAGCUACUAUAUCCUUCUCAAUCGAUGCCUUUACUGACAUACUCUUCUUUACCAUUCUCCCUCUGAUUCUGCUCACAACCUUCACAGUAAAGAUCUUGACACAAGCGCGUCGUUUGAGGCAUUGGAGAAAAUCACAGUCGGUCAAAGAUAAGGAACGUAAUAUGGCCUUCGAUCGGAUGAACAGACGAAUUCACAGGACCAUCAUGAUCGUACUGGCUACGUUCACUAUCCUCAUUACACCCUUUUUACCCAACGGAAUAAUUCGUAUGAUUAUCGCCCUAGGGAAUGACUGGUGUUUGGUCUAUCUUGCUAGACACAUUACAGCCGCAAUGGCAUACAAUGGUAGCCUGCUUAACUCCACAACCAACUGUUUUGUCUAUUUGAUAACCUGGCCAAAAUUUCGCUCCUAUCUGAGGCGGAUGCUUCUCGCGCCAUUCUCAUGCCUCUUUGAGAGGUACCCUAGACGUUCGCUUUCGGAGGAGAAAAAUACAGGCAUCACUUGCGAACAGUCGCGGUCCGAAUUUCAGGUCUCGGUAGAAUGCACCAACGGAAGCAGGAGAUAG